UGUAGCUACAUGAUAAUUACAAUAUAAAUGUUUUUGAAUUGUGUAAACAUUGUGCAAAUACACAUUGAAGUGUGAGGAAGCUGUGGCGCGUCUCCUCCAGCAGGGCGCCAUCGAGCUCUUUGUCCACAGUCUGAGACAAGGCAGCGUACGAAAGAAGUUUGUUGUGUUCGCCGGUGUUGUCUGCUAGCGUCGAUGUUAGCAGCUAGCUUGUUCGCGUAAAUGCUGUUGCCUAGAAUGGACCUGUUGAACCCUCAGUACCUGGACAAGAUGAACAACAACAUCGGGAGACUGCACUACGGAGAUGAAUCCAGGACUCCCUCGCUGCCCUCGGCUAUAUUAUCAAACAUUACUGGUCCACCUCCGCUCUGCCCAAGCAAACGGAAGUAUGACGACGAACAAAAGGACCAAAUGAAUUGUGACGAUGACCACAUGACCAAAAUGAGCAGAUUGUUUGCCACUCACCUGGCUCGUACCUCUCCUGGAGACAAUCACAAUGAGCACUGGAGCCUGAGGCACAGUCCAAUGGAACACAUCAGCUCUUCCUCCAAUGGUCUCCAUGGGAACCAUCUGUAUGCUUCCAUUUCUGGCUUUGCUGUGGAAGAGCCACUGGCUCUGACCAAAAGUAGCCUUGACAACGCUGUCGGGGGCAAGGAGAUGUCUGUAGUCAGUACAGCUGUUGAGCGGCAGCAGAAUCGCCCCUCUGUUAUCACAUGUGCACCUGCAAGCAAUCGCAAUUGUAAACUCUCUCACUGUCACAUGAAUGGCUGCUCUCCGAGUCCAACCUCAGAUGAGAGGAAGACCAAUGCUAACACAAUUUGCGAUCCUGUGAUUGAGGAACACUUCCGCCGUAGCCUGGGAAAAAACUACAAAGAAGCAGAACCCGCGGCCAACCCAGCGUCCAACUCUGUCUCCAUCACAGGCUCUGUGGAUGACCACUUUGCCAAAGCACUUGGAGACGCUUGGAUCCAGAUCAAGGCCAAAGGUGGGGGUCACCAGGCCCCAGAAGCAGAUUCAUGAAUAGGUGAAAAAAAGCUUCUAAUCAAAAGGUCAGCUUCACUAUCUUUUCUUGCCGAGUAUCAAAUCUCUGAAGCCAAGAACAAAUGGAAGACCCGUUUUUUUCGUCUUCAAGAAUUUAAGGUCCGCUAUUUAUCCGACUUCUUGCCUUAACAACAGAACAAUUCAGCAGUAAAGGAAUGAUGGCUGAAUUAGAUCCUGUGUUAGCUGUGACAUUUAUAAAUGGAUAGAUUUUUGCAUUGAUGAUGAGAAAAGCAAAACAAACGAGAAAUUGUCACUUUUUUCAUACCUAAUGUUAUUUUCCUACCUGAAUUUGUAGCCAAAGAAAUUUCUCCCUGCCUUUCUCAGCACAUAAGUCUUCAUGAUUUAAUGGAUAAAUGCGUUCAGCUACAUUGUUUCAGAUAUAAAUCCAUACUGCUUUUCUUGUCUAUUUAAUUGGAAAUAUGUUACCGUCUCAUUUGGACUAUAGCAUUUCUUAUGGUGUAAGAUCUAGCAGGUUCUCUGUAGUUGUUUUAUUUUUAAAACCAUUUCCCCGCUACUUUUUAUUAUUAUUUUUUUUUUUAACUAUAAAAAUUAAUUGAGACUUAAUAUACUAGAUUAAUCGACACUCUGUCUCUGAACUGGACUCCACUCCUCUAUUAAAUAUAGUUCCCUGUGUGUGCUCUAUUAUGUAGUAAUCUAAUCCUAAUAGAUGUCUAUAACUCAAAAGCAUGUUUCAAAUAGCUGGAUUCUAUCACAAACCUUUGGUAAAUAUUUACUCAGAAUUUAUUUUUUAUCUAACAUUGUAGAAAAUACUUACUGCUGGUACAGUUGUACUCAAUAUAUAUUUUUUGUAUCUGUUUCACAUGGCAAGGAGGUGUGUGUGUGCAUUUUGGAAUUCUCUUUAAACCACAGCCUCUGGAAAGGUUGUCUGAAUGCAGUUUGCUAGGCAACAUUUUGUCGUGACUCUGCGUAGCUGGAUGCUACACCUUCGUAUGAGACUGAAAGUGACUAAAUAGGAACUUCUGUUAGCUUUGGGCCUAUUUAUUCUGGGCAUAUUUGUUUCUUGGACAUUAGUAAAACAAAAUUUUCAGAUUAUUUUUUUGUUCACACGGAGGCAUAAAUGCAUUUGUCGUGUGAUGUGUUUAACUCAACAUUUGGCUACAGAACUGACAGAAUUGUCACCCCUUACCGUCAGCAACUAAUCAUAAUUUUAGGGUGUUUUGAGGGACUAAACUGACUAAAACGCAGUCAUCGUGUGACUUGUAGAAAAUGUAUCUUCCACGUAGAUUUAGUUUGUUUAGUCAAAUAGAAAAUUGUUUGACAUGAUCACAGACUCAUCUUGAUGUGCUUUCCAACAUUGAUUGACUGGGGAUCUUAAUUCUAUAAAUGAAAAAUUAUAUAUAUUAAUGUACCCGUAAUGGUCAUUGAAUCCCCAUACAUUUGUAUUAUCAUUUUUUUUUGUGGCUGUUACAUGCAUUCUUCUCUGAUAUUUUACCAUUCUCUUACGUGACCAUCAUUGCGCAGCGCGGAAUGAUCUUGUGUAUUUUGUUUAUUGUGUGAGGCUUGUUCUUAUGUAGCAUGGAAGUUCCCUAUUCUCUUACCAUGCAUUUCAUCUUUUGUUUCACUUGAUUACUCUCCCCUUAGUUAAGAGAUGAACGUGCAGGAACACAUCAUUUUGUUUGAAAAGCUCGGCAAAGUGUCAUGUCUGCAAGAACAGUGUGUUGGAGGGAGGGAUUGUCACCGAUUUGACUUGUUUGACACAAGCAGAUUUUUCAGUCAAAUGUUUAGGGUAUCAACUCAUUAUUUAAUUUCUUUAUAAUGACAGACUAUCACGAAGACAUUUUGCAAAACCUACCUGUCAUGUAUCUCCUACAUACAGCAGAGAGGGAAAUCGAUGCAUUUGGGGACUUGGGUCCAUAUUUCUCUGGAAGAAAAUACCACUGUUUUAUAAUGAAUGUCUUCCAAAUAAAAAGAGAAAAUACUUAACAUUGUGUUUUUCUUGUUUCUUCAAUUCACAGCACGAGUGUUUUCUGAGGACUGUAAAACAUUCACUUGGCAUUCAAGGGUGAACUAUUUUUGGCCUUUUAAGUGCUUCUGAUGAAGAGCAGGCUUUUACUCUUGAUUGUGCCACAGCAAUUUAGCACAACAAAUUAUGUACCCAGUAUGUACUGCCGUUGUCUUGAUGUUUCUGUUUUUUUAGGCAAAAACAACAACAACAAACAAUUGGACUGAAAAGCACUUGUUAAACACGAACAGGUAUGUUAUCAGACAAAGGGUGUUGAACAACAGAUUUAAAAAACAAAUAUAUGUACGGUGGUA